AUGUUUAUUUUGGGAGAUGAAAGAAUUCAACGAUGCAAGGCUGGAAUUAAGGGGGAUACUUGUGAUGAAGCUUGCAAAGCUGGCGAAUUUGGUCCUGAUUGUGUUCGUUGCUGUCAUUGUGCAGAGGGUACUUGUCAUGAAGCUACUGGUGAAUGUAAAAAGGGUGAAUGUUCACAGUGCUGGACAGGGAUUGCUUGUCAACAAAAACAAUCCCGUUGUUCAAACAAAGGCUCAAAAUGUGCCCAAAAUGCUCUACAAAUGACAGAUUAUAAUAAAUGUGGAGAACCUCAAUAUCGUUGCGAGUGUUUGGCAGGCUUUACAGGGGAUCCUUACACUGAAUGUUCAGAUGUGGAUGAAUGUACUCGACAACCAAGCGUUUGCCACCAACUGGCACAGUGUUCAAAUACACCGGGAAGAUUUUUCUGUCAAUGUCCUGAAGGGUUUCAAGGCGAUGGUAUUUCUGAAUGUGUUGCUUCAUUCCUCUAUCCUUUUGACCAAUCUCAUUUACUUCCUUCAAAUGAAAAGGAUGGAAGAGUUAUGGAAUGGAGAUUAAGUCAUCCUCUUCGAAUAUUUGGACGUGACAGGGACACUAUUUGGCUGACAAAUAAUGGAUUGAUUUUGGUGAAGGGGGCCAAGAAUGUUCCUUCUAUAAGGGAUGAACAACACAAACUUGAUGGGAUGGAUGUUCAAGGGGUGAGAUUUUUUGGUUGA